AUGUCGAACCCUGGAAGCAAUCAACUGAAAGACUUUCAAGUGCUCAUCCCAGCGUCCAGCUCCAUGGACGGGGGCAAUGAAGACACGAUGCCGGUCUCCGGAGUGCUUGUUGACUCUUCUGUGCAAGAGACGCGAAAACCAAGGGGUGGAGCUUCACACAAAUCUUCUGGUCCCAAGGAUCAUGGCCCGCGCAUGCAGCUGUCACUCCGACAGAAGGCAGAGAUAUGCAGGCACAAAGGUAACAAUCCCAAGAUGACGCUGGUAGAGCUGGCGGCAUGGUGUAAGGUGCAAUUCAAGCUGGACAAGACUCCUUCGGAUGCUUGCUUAUCUAAGGUGCUGAAGCUGAGUGAAACAUGGCUGCGAAAGGCCGAGGACGAGAUCUCGGCUUACAAUCUGGACAAGAAGAAACAGCGCGACGGCUUGUUUGAGGCAUUGGAAAAAGAGGUUGGUGAAUGGGUGAGAGAGCGGCAAGCGCAAGACAUUACCCUCACGGACGGUGUUAUCCUGGAGGAGGCGAGGAGAAUUGGAAAUCGCUUGGGGGUCCAUGAAGGUCCCAAAUUCAAUUACUCAAGGGAAUGGCUGUCUCGCAUGAAGAAGAAGCAGUGCGUGCAAUGCUUCAAUCAGUCUCCCGUCAGAGCUAUUGAGCAGUUGAAUGAAAACAGCCCCAUGAUGAAGAUAGGAGGAUCAAACGUUGAGAAGGAAUUCCGAAGAAUCAGCCAGGAUCUUACCACGAUCAAGAACGAGAUGCAGAUGAUGAAAAAGGAUCUGCAGGUGCUGAUGAGUUUUAGAAAGGAGGUCCAGAGAUCCUUCGAGAUGAGAAUGCCGGGGCACAUGCCCCUGCUUGGAAGCAUGCCGCCCAAUUGA